UUAUUAAUCUUUUAAUAUUAUAAAAUUUAUGCCCAUGAAACCAUGCCUGUAACAAUCCUGAAACGCACUGUCACUAUAAUUUUAACAGGUGCAAUCCACGUAUGAAAGAGAGGGAAGAUAAGCUUUUAUCUGUUUUCAGCCCAAAGAUAAGUACAUUUAAGAUUCCUUUUUUGGACUAGUAAGUGCAUGUUUUCUUUAGAAAUUCACAAAGAACUCUGACUGCCCCACUUUGUGGCCCUUCCCAAUAUUAGUACAAAAUGACGCCAUAAAUCAUACCAUUCUUCCUACAAACACCUUCGCAACAACUCCCAAAAAACCACUUAGAUUUUUCUCUUUCUUUUCCCUGGUAACUUUUGCUUCAAACUUUGAUCUGAAAGCAAACAAAAAUGGAAGCAAGGGAGCCAUUUAAUGUCACGGGAAAGACAACUUCAGGAGUCGCUACUCCACACUCACCAUGGCAUUCACCAGUUCCGUACUUGUUCGGUGGCUUGGCUGCCAUGCUUGGUCUCAUAGCGUUUGCGCUUCUCAUUCUCGCUUGCUCUUAUUGGAAACUAUCAGGCUACCUUGAGAACGGUGAGGAAGGGCAAGUGGAGAGAGACUUGGAAGCAGGAGAAGGUAAAGGAGACGAGACCCAGAAAGGAGGCGGCGCACCUGUUAUGGAACAAAAGAUUCUAGUGAUAAUGGCCGGAGAAGCAAAGCCAACGUUUUUGGCCACCCCCAUUUCUUCUACCAAGUCUUCUUCUUUUGCUGACAAGAGUGAAAAGGGCUGUUGCUGUGAAAAGGGUGAGAAAUCGGAGGAGGAAGGAGAGAAGGAGGAGAGUACAGGUGACGAUCAGGUGCAAAGUAGGAGCUCAGGGACCCAGCAAUUCUCAAAUCAGCGGGAGACACGGGAGCAUUGAUUUUUCUUUCUCCCCUUUAUUUUGUAAGAAUUCUUUUUUUUUUUUUUAUACUAGGAGAUGUUGGGUUUCUCUAGGUGGGUUCCUCUUCUGAAAGAAAGCUUAAAAUUCUGCCUUUUGAGUCUUUUUUUCAGGUGGGGGGAUUGUCGGUCUGUGUAUCAGCCUGCAUGUUUGAUUGAUGUGAACUUACUUAUGUAGCAGCAAACUUUUUUGCCUUGUUUUACUACCUUUUUUGGUCUUUUCUCUAUUUUAUAAUUCAGGAAAUGCAAAUUUUUACAGAGAUUGAAUGGAAGGAAGGAAGAAUUUACUGUUCUUCGUUAUCAGGAUCUGUUCAGAGUUUUUUCGUUAAGUUUUCUCACAUUAAAUUUUAAUAAAUCGAAUCUAGAAAAACUUCUGGUAGCAUAUAUAUAUAGAUUUUUGCCAUGUUUCCUUUUGCAAAAUCCAGAAACUUGCUGUUUGACAGACAAAAUUUUAACAAACUGGGGCUCUCCUCAGAGAAAGUCACGUGUGAGGCUAUGCUGCUAGGUUUCGUUCUGUGCACGUUCUCUGAUGCGGCGUGCUGAAGCUGCACAGCCUUGUCUUGACCAUUCUCUCUCUCAAAAAUUUCGAUUUAGUUCUCUUCAAGUCUGUACUUUGCUCUGCUACUAAAACAGUUCCAACAUUGCAACUGCAAUUCAUCAAUAUCUUCAAAUUACAAAAUCAUCCUUGCUGAAUUUAUGUGCAUUAAUAAUCCAUGCCUAGUUUGCUGGGUUUUGAGUCAUGUAAAGCUGGCUUUUCCUUCUUUUUUUUUUUUUAAUUUUAUCCAAAGAAUCGGAUAAAGUUGAAUUCAUUUGGUUGUUUAAUUAUAUUUUGCUUUCACAUUUAAAAUUUAAAUCUCAAACAAUGCUUUUUGUGUUAAAAA